AUGGGAGAAGGAGGAGCGGGAGCAGGAGCAACUGGAGGCAGUAGUAGUAAACGCCUCUCGAUUUCGACACAACUCCAACGUUCUAGUACAAGUCGCGACGCUAAAUCGCCAACUGCUCUUGCAGGACUGGGCGGAUCGAGCAAUAGUGGAUCGAGCGUUGUUAGGAUGAACGAGAAUGCCGCCUGGCCUGGUCAUGCAAGGUCGACAUUAUUGGCAGGAGGCAGUGGAGUGGGCGAACAGUGGAAAUCCAACACAGUCUUGUUAUUCUCGUCUUCGUCUUCAACGUCAGCGUCGUCCCUCACCAGGAAGUACGAGACUGCGUCCAAAAGCAUUGAUCAUUCGGCCAACACUCCUGCUCAAAAACAACAACUCCACCUGGGAACGAUCAAUGGAUCUGGCCUUCAACAACAAUCCGGUCGUCAAUCGCAGCCCUCUUCUUCUGUAACAGCGACAGCACCAGCCACAACGAUUGGUUCGGCUUUCCUGCAGCAGGACAGCAAUACCACAGAGAUGGAUACAUUCUCAGAGACCCACAGUGGAGUCAUCAUGGCCUACCCCAUCACUUCGUCCUCGCACCAAACAAACACCACAGUCAACGGACCCGGAAGUAUUGGACUGAGCGACUUUCCGUGCAGCUCGCUUCUGCUGACAAGAGUGUUCCCAAACUCGAUUUCGUCAGGGUUGACCAGGACGGCAACAAAACCCAUGAUCGACAAACUGGGAUCGACCCCCAUGGUCGAGGGCAUGUUUGGAGGCGACGUUGAGGAGGCUACCUGCGCGAUUUGUUUAGGAGAUUAUAAACCGGACGAGACAAUCCGGUUCUUACCCUGUCAACAUCAUUUCCAUCUUGAGUGUGUCGAUCAAUGGUUGGCUACCGACAAGAGCUGUCCGCUGUGCAAACACGAUAUCGACAAACCACUGGAUAUUCACAACACCCGGAGAAGUGCAAUCACUUACGCAAUCGGCAACACCCACACCAACAGCAACGCUAACGAGGAUGACACUCACCGCAACCACAAUAAUGUAGGACCCUCUCAUAACACUAACGGCAACAAUGCUAUUGGAAUGGACGGAUUCCAAGUCAUCAUCGUGUAG